UGAAAGUAUAGGACCCAUUUUUAUCGGAAGUUGGAACCAAUCAGCCGAAUUCGCACGCACAAAUUUGAAUCUAUCUCAAAAUCCAAAUCCUCCGAGCGAAGAUACUCACGAACCUCCUCAUCUCGACAAAACAACCAGCGCCAUGGCUAGUAAGACUGCUCGAUAUUGCUACCAGAUUGACAAAUACUAAUGUUUGUCUUCCACAGAAUCCAAGAACUCGUCUCAACAUAAUCAGUCCAAGAAGGCUCACCGAAAUGGGUAAAUUCACCUCCACGCCCCCUCCACACGCGCGAUCUUCGAUUCCUCAAUGAGCUGGGAGACAUAUGGGAUGGCGAUAUUUGAAGUAGCGAGAGGCUGAUGUAAUCUGAUGUGCAGUAUCAAGAAGCCAAAGACCUCAAGAUACCCUUCUUUGAACGGCACCGACCCAAAGUUCCGAAGAAACCACAGACAUGCGCUCCAUGGAACAAUGAAGGCAUUGGUAGGUCGCCUCGAACCCUCGGGACCGCGGACCAAAGCCAAAUACUGACUAUUGAGUAGAAGGAGUUCAAGGAGGGCAAGCGGGAGAAUGCAUGAUGACCACGAUGAACUUUCUUUCCUUGGGAUUUGGCUGCGGUAGCUACAUGGGCACGGUUGCGUCUUUCAAGCGGUUGAUGGAGGAGCAUUGUCGACAUUCGCAAUAAAGGGCGCUCAGGGCGGGCGAUAGUUCAGGUCAGAAUCAACAAAAUCGAAAUCACGUCACCAAAGUUUCGAUG